UGCCACUGUAAGUGUGUGUGUGUGUGAAUCCAUCUAAGUGAACAUUAUAAUUUUCCUCUUGCUGUGUUUGUCAGUCUGUAAUGUUUUAAAAUUCAUUCCCAUCUCCCUGUCUCCUAUUCGUGUCUCACUCUCUCUCACAUACAAACAAAGUAGUCUUAGAUAAGUGUAUUGCACUCCCAGUACGUGCUGCAGUUUCCUUUCCUCUCACUCUCUCUCUCUCCCGCUUUGCAUUUUAACAAAGCUUUUAGCACGUGGAUAUCGAUGAAAGUCUCUCUCCGUCGCUCAUUCCUUCAUCUCACUGCCGCUUCUGUAUCACAGGCUGUGUGCAAACCAACCCUCUCCUCCCUCCCCUCUCCGACAGCCAGGACCCGAUGGGGUCAACGUUGGCCAGAAAAGGGACGAUCUUGGAGGUGGAAGCUUUCUAGCACAGACGCGCACACACACACAAAACUGAAAAAGGCACAACAACAAAAAUCUCACACAAGCCAAGCUUCCCUUUCCUGCAGCUCAGGGGCUUUGAGUAAAGUGGAGGAAGGACCGGGAGCUGUCAUCACAUCAGCCGGACAACAGUUACAUGCAGCGGCCGAGGGCGAGCAGAGUUGGAGAGUUGGAGUUCUGCGGGAUCCCAGUGUGGGCUGGAUGGAUGGGAAUGGGAGAAGGGACGCCCCAUUCGGCCACCGGCUCCUUGGAAUACUGACCAUGGUUCUGUGGCUCCCAGCAGUCAGCUGCCAGUGCAGGAUUCUGAAGUGCAAUUCUGAGUACCUUUCUGCAACCUCUGGACUGCACACAGGCGUGGAAGAAUCGGUGGAGUUCUGCAUCGCUUUGCGAGCCUAUUCCCAGUGCACUCGCAAGACCGCGCGUGCCUGCCGUGGGGACCUGGCCUACCACUCUGCUGUCCACGGCAUCGAGGACCUCAUGAACCAGCACAACUGCUCCAAGGUGGGGCCCACGCAGGCCCCCCCGCGGACGCAGCCGACCUCCCUGGACUGCAUGGUGCACUCGGAUGCCCCCGAGGUCUGCAACUACGAGAAGAGCCUGCAGAGGCACGGGCCGCACCCCAACUACACGCACUGUGGCCUGUUCGGGGACCCCCACCUUCGGACGUUCACUGAUGCCUUCCAGACGUGUAAGGUCCGCGGGGCGUGGCCGCUCAUUGACAAUAACUACCUUUUUGUCCAGGUCACCAACGUCGCUGUGGUCUCAGGCUCCAGUGCGACUGCCACAAGUAAGCUUACGGUCAUUUUCAAGAGCUUCCAGGAGUGUGUUGAUCAGAAAGUCUACCAAGCAGAGACCGAUGACCUCCCAGCUGCCUUCGUUGACGGCUCGCGAAAUGGCGGUGAGAAGCAUGGUGCCAACAGCUUGAGGGUGCUGGAGAAAGUUGCCGGGCAGCACAUUGAGAUCCAGGCCAAGUACAUUGGCACCACCAUCAUCGUGCGGCAGCUGGGCCAUUACCUGACAUUUGCCGUCCGGAUGCCCGAGGAGGUGGCCAACUCCUCUGAGGAUAACCAGGGCCUCCAGCUGUGCCUGAAGGGUUGCCCGACCAAUGAGCAGAUGGACUGGCGGCUCCCUCAGCCACGGAAAGGAGGGCCCGCAGCCCCCCAAGGAGCCUUCACUCGUGAAACAGCCACCGCGAAGUGCAGGGAGAAGUUGCCCGUGGACGACCUGUACUUCCGAUCGUGCGUUUUUGACCUCCUGACCACAGGGGACGUGAACUUCACGCUCGCGGCGUACUACGCCUUCGAAGAUGUCAAGAGCUUGCACUCAAACAAAGACAAGCUGCACAUAUACCAGAGGACAGCUGAUCACCCAGAGGGAAGCUCUGCCCCGGGUCUCCCGACUCUUCCCGUUGCACACUGGCUGCUAGUCUACUUCCUCUGGUACUGCCUGGCACAUCUAUAGCCACGUUGUUCUGUGACUUUAUCAAGCAGCCGGUUUACAUCAGUCUUGUUUUCGGUUUGAACCGCUGGUAACUACCUAUCUUGUACCUCGCUUGCGCUCGUCCGUAAAUUAUUUCGGUUUCUAAUUUUGUUUUUCUGCCUCCCCACCUCCAGACACGCAUUUUUCCACUGGUGCUGCCUGGGGAUAGAUGGAUGUCAUUGGUGCCAUCCUGUCGAUGUUUGUGGUUAUGUGUUUGUAGAGGAUCUGGAAUAGCGCAGGCGUGCGAUGCCAGCCUGAACCAGGAGCCUGGCUGGGAAUCACCUUACCUGCUUCCCCGAAAUGAGAGCCGCAUGUCCUGAAGCUCAUUAGUAUUUGUUGUCUCCCCCCCACCACUCCGCCCAAACACCCCUCCGAAUCAAAGUGAUGACCUUAACCCCUUCGCUGGGGUGGCAUGAGCAAACAGUGAAGAUCCUCACUGAGUAAAGGCUGUAGAGUUCCAGCCUCCCGCUGUACCUACCCAACGCCUUUCAGGAUCUGUGCUCUCAUACGGCUCAUUCCUCUUGCCGAUCUCUCUGAUUCGCCCUUCUCCCUGAGCCUGGUGAAUGUUGACGGGCUAAUCGCAUACGGCAGCAUCACCGGGGUCUAGCACUGUACUGACUUCAGCCCUGUGUCCGCACAGUCACAGGCAGCAAGCUGGGCCCAGUCCUUCCUGAGCCAGGUCAGUCAGGAAAGAGAUACAUAAAAUAAUGAGACUGAACUGCAGAGCAGUAGCAGUGCUCCAGUCACGUGUGUAUAAGGCCCUGGCACGUCAUAGAACCCAUCUUCCUACUUGACCAGGAGUUUGUUUUUUGCAGUUUGACUCAGCUUCUUGUAUUUUGACAUGGAGUUUCAUACUCGCUUGUGCCUGUUAAGUGACACCUCAUGCCCACCUGUUGCACUGGCACCAACUCUACCGGGCUUGCCCACCCGCUGGCGUUGGUUCAGCACAGUCGUGAUCCCUUGUGUAGAAGUUUGGAACAUGUGUUCCUUUCUGGAGAGAAGGUUGUCUGAGUGCAGACAGCAGCAGUGGGGUGGGGGAUGGAACGUGGGGCAGGGGAUGGAACGUGGGGCAGAGGGCCCUGUGAUUAGAUUAAUUUUCCAAUAAUGGGUUUAGAAAUCGACAUGUCCAAGGCAAUCAGAUGAGUUCAAGAUACGAGCCAGAUUUUAUAGGUAUGUUUAACAGUAAGUUACACAGUUUGUGUUUUGUAAAACAUUCGCUUUGUUAUUUGUACUGUGUGUUACACUCUGGGGUGGUGUUAAAUAAGGGAAGGGGCUGAAUCAAAAUAGUGUUAGAGGAAGAGAUGGCACAUUCCAACAGUAGCAGUGCCUGUCUCCCUCUAAAUUCCUCGGGGGUUGUGGUAGACAGCUGGUGCUCCCUUUUCAAGGGCACCUGAGCUCAAACAUAGCUGCGGAAGAGGGGCAGGCAGUUAGGAAUGACACCCUUCCCCAUAAUCCAUCCCAUCCAUGUGCCUAGACCCCAUUGCUGGCUGCUUUAGCUGGGCCUGUGAUGAGAUCCUCUCACCCUGCUAUGUAACCCCUCAAUGUUGGGCAUACCUGGAGGUUGUAGUCCGAGAAGUGUUUGAAGUGAAAUGAAGAGUUUUUUUUAAAAGACUGCAGGCUAUUUCUUGAACACCUCCCCCACCCGGUUUGGUUUAUAAGAUCCUGUCUCCAGUAAGAAAUGUUGCCACGAACAUGCUGCAGCUACUGUUCCUGCUGAACGAGAACUGUGCAGACAACGUCUACCGGGCCCCCCACCCCGGCUGCGGAAAAGGGAGAGGGUGAAGAGAAUUCUCCCUAUAGAAGCUGAAUACUAUUGGAGCCAAAACCAGGGGGAGAAGUUGAGUUUGGAAGCGAGAUUGUUAACUACAGUCUAGGACUCGAAAGCAGGAUUGCUCCUAUCUCAGUGUGGAAUUGCUGAAGAAUUUCUGUUCUUGCCUUAUAUGUUUUGGUUUUCGUAACUCUAGAUCCCUGCCUCUUCCCAGUUCCAUCCCAACAUUGUUGCUCGUCUUUGGUAACCUUUGGGUCUGGGGAUCUCUGCAGAGCACCAGCAGCUUCCUUACUGGGGUUGGUUUCCCCUCCAAAGCUGCUUUUCUUGUAUCCCAAUCCUGCACCCACUUACCCUCUUCCCAACAGCGCAGUUUGAGCAGAGACCAGCAGGUGGUGAUCAGGAGCAGGAGUCCACCCCACUCAGACCAGUGUUGGAGCCCCUUGUUUCCACUUAAGUAGAGAGGAGAGCUAAUUACAUUUGCUUUAUCAGUGCAUAAAUUUACAGGUCAGUUAGGAAAGAGAUACGUAAAAUAAUGAGACAGAACAGAACAACAGUCUUUAAGAUCCAGUGACGACAAUUCAGUGCAGUAAUUACCCAGACACCGAUGAAAAUGAUCCGUGCCCCGUGGCCCGAAGGCACUUUAUGUCGAUGACAGCCGUGUGUACUGUGUGAUUGUGGAGCUCACUGCAUGGCAUGGUGUUGCUGCGACAGUGUAAAUACAGUGUUGUAUAUUGUUGGGUGUAACUUAUCUUUGUUGAGAUAAUAUAUAGAGACCCCUGGUGAACAUUUGUGACUGUACAUAUGGAGUAAUGUAAUAUUUCGUUAAAUAUUAAUGUGUAAAAUGUUAACUCUAGCAGCUCUGUUUACUUGUUGACGUGCUUUGGUUGUGUUAGGUUGACAGAAGGAGGACUUGUGAAAGCAGACCCUUUAAGAUUUCUUUAGAAUGAAAGGGGCCUUGUUGGCAUCGUUGAGCAGGGAGAGCAUUGGUGGGUAGCAGUCUUUACAUCACCAACAUUACUGGUCUGUUUCCAAAGUUAAACACGAACUAGAGUCUUUUCUGUUUUGCCUGCCCCGAUACCCCACCUCAUUCUCUUCUCGCUUGCUCUGGCUGCCAACAGAGCCCCUUCUGAGAGAUUUUUAGGAAUGGCACUUUAUCUUAGUUACAAUAUGAUGUGGUUCUUCUUUAUUUGAAUUGUUAAGACGAUGGGACAGGAGGUGUUGCAGUGCCCAGGGAAUACACAGCCGUGAUGGUGUGGUGUUUCCAUAGUCACAUUGCUUUUUUGGGAAAAUGAAAAGAACGACUCCAUUCUUUCCAAUAUGUAGAAAUUUUCAGCAAGAUCUCUUUGUGUACAUAAUGUAAAUUAUUUAUUACUGAAAAAUCUUUGAGU